AUGUCAACCCCCUCCAACCCCCCCACCCCCACGCCCCCCGCGAUAAACUACAUCCUCUCCUUCCUGCUUGUCGGUCUCGCCUGGGGCCUCACAACGCCCUUCAUCCGUCGCGCCGCGCGCGACCACCAACCGCCUGCGCACCCGAUCCUCUCUUCGCCGGGUGUAGCAUCCAGCUGGCUGCGGACGAAAGUGUAUGGCGGCGUGUUGGCGGUCGUGGAUUUGUUGCGGAAUCCGCGGUAUGCGGUGCCGUUGGUUGUUAAUUUGACGGGGAGUGUGUGGUUUUUUUUGUUGAUUGGGAAGGCCGAACUGAGCCUCACAGUCCCCAUUGUCAACACUCUGGCUUUCCUCUUCACCGUCGUUGGGGAAUGGUGGGUCGAGGGCAAAGUUAUCAGCCGAGAAACCAUGCUUGGAAUGCUGUUGUCGGUUGGGGGAAUCGCGCUAUGUGUUCAGAGCAAAAAUUUUUAG